UGCCCCAUCAUAGGUAUCAGUGGGAGGAAUAGUGCUCCAUCAUUGCAUAUCAGUGUUAGGAACAGUGCCCCAUCAUUAGUGUCAGUGGGAGGAAUAGUGCCCCAUCAUUGGUGUCAGUGGGAGGAAUAGUGUCCCAUCAUUGGUGUCAGUGGGAGGAAUAGUGGCCCAUCGUAGUCAGUGGGCGG